GCAGGGGUGAAUGGGGUAUUCACAUAACCCCGGAGUGCAGGCUUCCAUCCCACCCCCACGGUAAAAUGUGGCAGGGCUCUCGAUUUCUGUCAGAUAAUCUCGUAAAUGGUUUGUAUCUGGAGACAAGCCUAAUUAGGAAACGGACCCGCGGAGCAGAGCCCGCUCUGGAACAACUAAUUUCUCCAGCGGUGCAUGGAGGAGAAAGAGCGGGGUUGGUGCUGGCAGACAAGGCCUGUGGCUACAUACACGAUGAUCCGCGUAUACUACUGAAUCCGGCACUAGUGCCGCCCCAGCCCAUCCUCCACAUUAUAGUUAUGCGCCCCUCGGUGCUAACCUUCCACUGUGACCCCUCCUGGCCGGACUGCAAACACUCCAAUCCACGGCACUCGUCAGGCACCACCUGUCCACCUCUUCCAUGACUCACACCCGUUGCAAUCACCCCACGAGCUGACCAAGACGGCGAUCACCGCCCCCUCCCUUGCAGUAAUGCAUACCCCAGGAAGAUCGCCCUGUUGCCUUCCGUGGGCAAGCCACGGGUCCGAUCGACGGGCUCGGUAUCCUAUUCGAGCCCCUCCCCAACUUCUCGCUUCAGGAACGGCUUUGUCUCCCCUCAAAGGAAAUAUCUACCUUUUAGGAAACUAGCCCUGA